UCCUCCAACAAAAUUUCACUACACCAGAAUAUUCUAACUUUAGUUAAUUUCUUUAAUUUGUUCUUCACUAGCAUGGCUAGGGAGAGUGGUACGAGAGAUCCUCUUGUCAUCGGCAGAGUCAUCGGAGACGUUGUCAACGGAUUCAUUAGGUCUGUUAGCCUUAGAGUGAGCUAUAAUAACAAGGAAGUCGGCAAUGGCGUUGAGCUCAAGCCUUCUCAAGUUGCAAAUAUACCUAGGGUCGAUAUUGGUGGCACUGAUCUCAGAGAUUUCUACACUUUGGUGAUGGUGGAUCCUGAUGCUCCAAGCCCAAGUAAUCCCAGUUUGCGGGAGUAUUUGCAUUGGAUGGUGACUGAUAUUCCAGCAACAACAGGAGCAAACUUCGGGAAAGAGUUAUGGUGUUAUGAGAGUCCACGGCCAACGUUGGGGAUUCACCGGUUUGUUUUUGUUCUGUUCCGGCAAUUAGGAAGGCAGACGGUGUAUGCACCGGGUUGGCGCCAGAACUUCAGCACCAGAGACUUCGCCGAGCUUUACAAUCUCGGAGCUCCGGUGUCUGCUGUUUACUUUAAUUGCCAGAAGGAGACUGGCUCCGGAGGAAGGAGACUAUGAAUACA